AGACUUGGACGCGACGGCGGCCAUCCCUGCUGCUAUCGUCUCAGCCGCUGCUACCUGGAAGCUUGCCCGACCCCGAACCCCCUUCGCUGCCCGACUUGUCUCUCGCCCAACGGGCUCGCCAUGGAUGCUACUCUGCUUGCCCGCCUGCUCCCCGGCCUUGCCAUCAAGAUCCAGAGAAGCAACGGCUUGAUUCAUAGCGCCAAUGUCAUGACAGUAAAUCUGGAGAGAUCCUCUGUCUCAGUGGAAUGGGCAGAAGGUGGCUCUACCAAAGGCAAAGAGAUUGACUUUGAAGACGUGGCGGCCAUCAACCCAGAGCUUUUGCAGUUGUCUCCUCUCCCUGUCCACUCCAAGGACAGCCUGCCUCUGCAGGAGAAUGUCACUGUCCAGAAACAAAAGCGCCGAUCAACCCUCUCCAAAAUCCCUGCUCCCAAAGAAGCUCUGCGUGGCCGUUCUACCAGGAUGUCUGCCAUCUCGGAGACUCAGAGGCUCAUGGCUCAGGAGAAUGACAUGGAAGUCGACCCCUCCACGGCCGCCAACACCAGGAGCCAGUUCACAAUUCCCACGGGUCUCCCUCGUGCCCCCCGCGUUGGCAUGAGCGAAAUCCCACUGGCAACUGUUAAUGAAGCUGCAGAAGAACAGACGUCUUCCAUCCGAGGCAAUUCUGCUGCCAACCCAGCAAAUUCAGUUCGAAGGAAGUCGUGCUUAGUGAAGGAAAUGGAAAAAAUGAAGACAAAAAGAGAAGAAAAAAGGGCCCAGAACUCAGAAAUGCGGAUCAAGCGGGCACAGGAAUACGACACCAGCCUGCCCAACUGGGAGUUUGCACGAAUGAUUAAGGAGUUCCGAGCUACUCUGGACUGUCAGAGACUUACUAUGACUGACCCUAUAGAGGAGCAUCGGAUAUGUGUCUGUGUUAGGAAACGCCCUCUUAAUAAGCAAGAAUUAGCCAAGAAGGAGUUUGAUGUGAUCUCGGUUCCCAGCAAAUGCCUCCUCCUAGUUCAUGAACCUAAGCUCAAAGUGGACCUGACCAAGUACCUGGAGAACCAGGCGUUCCGCUUCGAUUUUGCUUUCGAUGAAACGGCGUCCAAUGAGGUUGUCUACAGGUUCACAGCCAGGCCACUGGUACAGACGAUCUUCGAAGGAGGAAAGGCAACCUGCUUUGCGUAUGGCCAGACAGGCAGUGGCAAAACCCAUACGAUGGGCGGUGACUUCUCUGGGAAAAACCAGAAUGCAUCCAAGGGCAUCUACGCAUUUGCCUCACGAGAUGUCUUCUUGCUAAAGAAUCAGCCCCGAUACAAAAACCUCGGCCUGGAAGUCUACGUGACCUUCUUUGAGAUCUACAAUGGGAAGCUCUUUGACCUACUGAACAAGAAGGCCAAGCUUAGGGUGCUGGAAGAUGGCAAGCAACAGGUGCAGGUGGUAGGGCUGCAAGAGCACCUUGUGAACUCAGCAGAUGAUGUCAUCAGGAUGAUUGAGACAGGAAGCGCCUGCAGGACCUCAGGGCAGACGUUUGCCAACGCCAGCUCUUCCCGAUCCCAUGCCUGCUUCCAGAUCCUGCUCCGGGCCAAAGGGAAGCUGCACGGCAAGUUCUCCCUGGUGGAUCUGGCCGGGAACGAGAGAGGGGCCGACACGUCCAGUGCCGACCGGCAGACCCGCAUGGAAGGGGCCGAGAUCAAUAAGAGCCUGCUGGCCUUGAAGGAAUGCAUUCGGGCUUUGGGGCAGAAUAAGUCACACACACCGUUCCGGGAAAGCAAGCUGACCCAGGUGCUCCGGGACUCCUUCAUUGGGGAAAACUCCAGAACCUGCAUGAUUGCCAUGAUCUCCCCAGGGAUGAACUCCUGCGAAUAUACUCUGAACACCUUGAGAUAUGCAGACAGGGUCAAAGAGCUGAGCCCUCACAACAGUGGAAACGGGGAAUUGCAGACCCAGAUGGAGACGGAGGGGGAAGAUCUGGGGCCUAACUCAGACAGUGCCCAUCACGCCCACAGGCUGUCCACGGAUGAAGAGGAGCUCUCGUCCCAGAUGUCCAGCUUCCAGGAAGCCAUGACUCAGAUCGGGGAGCUCGAGGAGAAGGCCAUCGAGGAGCUCAAGGAGAUUGUUCAGAAGUGGACGAACUGGGUCGAGCUCCUUGAGACCACGGAGCAGCCGGACUACGACCUGGAGACCUUCGUGAACAAAGCUCAGCAUGCUGCCACUGAGGGCAUCAAGAACUUCAGCAGCCUCCAAGAUGUCCUGCGGGCCCUGCGCCUGGCCAUGCAGCUGGAAGAGCAGGCCAGCCAGCAGAUGAGCAGCCAUAAACGACCUCAGUAACAGGCCAAUAAAAUAUGUUUGAUGGUUAAGCUCUUCCUUCAGGGGUGUCUGGAUGCCCUCCUUGUUUGGGGAGCUGGGGCAGACUGCUGGGACGUCUGCCCACUGGCCCUGGGCCAGGGCAGCCUCUGGGGCCCGCUGGCCACCCUCUGCCCUGCUCGGGCAGGCCCCCUAGCUCCCAGCGUUCUUUAUCUAUGUCUGUUGUAUAGGUUUUGUAUUGUACAGUCUUAGUGAGCAUUCAGCCUGUGGGAUGGAUGGAGGACUGGCCUGCAGUUGUCCCAGAGCUGGGAGGAGAGGAGGAAGGACCAGCCUUCCCUUCAGUUGUGCUUCCAGGGCUCCGGCCCACCUUCCCGAGCAGACAGUGCUGGGCCCUGCUGUUGGCCUGCCCAGUGUCGGCUUGGGGUGGAGGGAAUGGGGGGAUUUUAAAAAAAAUGCUGAACCCCUUUUUCCUCAUUCCCUCUGGUAACCCUCUUGGGUUUCGAUGAGGUGAAGGGGACCUGAGACCCGUCUGUUGUCUGUUGUCUGUAUUUAAACAUUGCGUCCAAUAAAGGAAGAGAAUGGAA